CCUGCACUCAGUCACUCAUCCACACAACAAUAAAACAUACAACUGUCCCUACCUACCGCAACUUUAUGGCCAGAGUUUCCCAUCUUUUGCUACUAUUCUCUGUCUUGCCUAUUGCUUGGACAGCCAUGUCUGCAGCCACUGCGCCAGGCAGUACCGCCACAAAUUUCAUCAAGGCCUCGUGCGGCACCACUACCUAUCCUGUCGUAUGUGUCCAAUCCCUCUCACCCUACGCCUCAGAGAUCAAACAAAACCCACUCCAACUGGCUCAGACCGCCUUGUACGUGAGCCUAGCCAGGGCUCAAUCCACCAAGACAUUUGUUUCGAAUAUGAAAAAGUUCAAGGGAUUGAAGACUAGGGAGUACGAAGCCAUUGAAGAUUGCUUGGAUGAGAUUGGGGAUAGCGUGGACAGGCUUAGCCGUUCGGUCCAAGAGCUCAAGGACAUUGGGGAAGCCAAGGGUCAAGACUUUGUGUGGCACAUGAGCAAUGUCGAGACGUGGGUCAGUGCAGCACUCACCGAUGAGAACACUUGCGUUGAUGGGUUCGCAGGCAGAGCAUUGGAUGGCAAAAUCAAGACUUCCAUUAAGGCACGCGUUGUCAAUGUUGCACAAGUCACCAGUAAUGCACUAGCACUAGCAAAUCACUAUGCCUCAAAGCACUGAGCCACUAAUUCCAAGGGUAGAGUUUUUUUGAGGAUUCUUCGUGGCCACUGUUGUGUGCUUUGCUUAUGAUGUCGUAUAUAUCAGUAGACGUAUUUUUAUGAUAUAGGAAGAAGUGAAAAAUGCCUUAUUUCAGAAAUAAAAUGGGUCGAUUCAUGGCA